AUAAAAAGUUGAGUUAAAAAAAAAAUAUAUAUAUAUAUAUAUCUAGAAAAAAACACCGUUAAGUAGUACAUAAUCACGACGAAUGCAAAAACUGGCAGAUAAUUGUGAGAUGAUGGAAAACAGCGAAUGCAAAAACAACAACCCGAUAAAUGAGCGAAUACAAAUUUGCAACAACAAAUAAGACGUCCGACCGUCAAUUGUUUAUCACCACAACAAAAGGUGCUCAUUUGCAUAUUUAAGCAAAGCCACUGCCUCAACUGCCCAACUAAAACUAAAUUCGUUACAUAUUAUUUUGUGCUUGUUGUUGUUGUCUCGGCAUUUAACAAUUUUUGAAAUUAUUGUGCUAAAGUGAGUGCAUGAAGAGAAGUGAAUGAUAGAUAAAUUAACAACUUAACAGCGUAACUAUGAUAAAUUUGAAUAUUUAAGUGCUCCUAAUAGAGCGCAAACAAAAGUAUGUUCGUAGGUAGUGAAUAAUUUCAGCGAAUGUUUGUGCGCUCUGCUUUAUACAUACGAUCAGACCACGGCGCGUUACUUCUGGGCCAAGCGUCUGACUCACAGCUGUCGCCGCACGCACCGCGCCGAAACCCUACAACGCUACCGCUAACCGCGCGCAUAGCUUUUGCUCACAACUAAGCUCAGUGCACUUCACGGCAAUACGCUACAAUUCAGUACAGCUCAGCUAUGCUUGGUGCGCGCUCCACUCGUGUGCGUUUGAAGCUCACGCGCGCUUAUCAAACGAUCACAUAGUUAGCUCUUGGCGGCUUAACGCGCAGAUAACGGUUGUAUAACGAAAAAAUAACAGUUGGUUUAAGCCAUAUCAGUGCGGGCAGUAAGCCCACUCAGUCGUGCUCGUUGAACACAAUACUGCUAUCUUUCUCUACUCUUCGCUUAGUUCUUAUCACAGUUACCUAAUAGCCAAAACCCGCGGAGAACGUUCAAUGUUACCGCCGUGUAAAGCGUCAUGGUGCCGCUUCGCCAUUUGGCUCACAAUCGGAAUUCUGCUUUUGCUGGUAGUCUUGGUGCUCGUCGUAUUGGCCAUCUUCGGUAGUCACCCAUGCGCAGGCGCUCUAGAUAAUUGCGAUGCUUUCAAAGCCAUUUGCGCCUCAUAUAACGGCGAUCAUCAAUUCUUCUACAGUCAAUGUGAAAUGCUGCGGGAGAAUUGCCUCACAGGCAGCGAUUGGCAGCAAGAUCACUAUAAUCAUUGCAAUGUGCAUAUUUAAGUAUUCUCGCUUUUGCUGGGAACUUCUUUGGAUGUGUAGAUGACGAGUUAUAAGUAAUUAAGCAAUUUAAGUAAUGAUUCAUAACUAAAUACCAAUGUGCUCAUUCCAAAGACUAUAAUUCCUUUAAACGUAAAAUAUUAAAUAACACAUCUAACGUAGUUUAAGUCAAGAUUUUAUAUUUAAUUCAAUAGAAUAUUUCAAAAUUAGUUGAGAAAUAGGCUUGCGUAAUUUAAAAAGUUUACAAUUUUAAAUAUUAAGUUUAGUAUUGUUUAAUAAUAGGCAUUACUAUGUAAGCCAACAACUGUUACCAAAUAAUAUUACAAACUAAAUUAUAUAUACAAUAAAUAAAACAAAUUAAUUUUGCCUUG